GGUUUUAUGAAGGUGUGUGUAUAAAUACUGAGAGCAGGUGAGCACAUCGUCCACUAUCUAAAGGGAGCGAAAAAGUCUCUUCUUCUCCUCUACUAAGUCCUCAGCUGUGUGAGAGAAGAUGUGUGAUGAGGAAGAAACCACUGCACUGGUGUGUGAUAAUGGUUCUGGACUGGUUAAAGCUGGAUUUGCUGGUGAUGAUGCUCCCAGAGCCGUUUUCCCCUCCAUUGUUGGCAGGCCUCGCCAUCAGGGUGUGAUGGUGGGUAUGGGUCAGAAGGACAGCUAUGUAGGUGAUGAAGCUCAAAGCAAAAGAGGCAUUCUGACCCUCAAAUAUCCCAUUGAGCAUGGCAUCAUCACCAACUGGGAUGACAUGGAGAAGAUUUGGCAUCACACUUUUUACAAUGAGCUGCGAGUGGCUCCUGAGGAGCAUCCAGUCCUACUCACUGAAGCUCCUCUCAACCCCAAAGCCAACAGAGAGAAGAUGACACAGAUCAUGUUUGAGACCUUUAAUGUCCCUGCCAUGUAUGUGGCCAUUCAGGCUGUGCUGUCACUAUAUGCAUCCGGCCGUACCACUGGUAUCGUGUUGGACGCUGGUGAUGGUGUGACCCACAAUGUGCCGGUGUAUGAGGGUUACGCUCUUCCUCAUGCGAUCAUGAGGCUGGAUUUGGCCGGUCGAGAUCUGACUGAUUAUCUGAUGAAGAUUCUCACUGAGAGAGGUUACAGCUUCGUCACUACAGCUGAGCGUGAGAUAGUGAGGGACAUUAAGGAAAAGCUGUGCUAUGUUGCUCUGGACUUUGAGAAUGAGAUGGCCACUGCUGCUUCUUCUUCUUCUCUGGAAAAAUCAUAUGAGCUCCCUGACGGUCAGGUCAUCACCAUCGGCAAUGAGCGUUUCCGCUGCCCAGAGACUCUCUUCCAGCCUUCUUUCAUUGGUAUGGAGUCAGCUGGUAUCCAUGAAACUACAUAUAACGGCAUAAUGAAGUGUGACAUUGACAUCCGUAAAGACCUUUAUGCCAAUAAUGUGCUGUCUGGAGGCACCACCAUGUACCCCGGUAUUGGAGACAGGAUGCAGAAAGAGAUCACUGCGUUGGCUCCCAGCACCAUGAAGAUCAAGAUGAUUGCUCCUCCUGAGCGUAAAUACUCAGUCUGGAUCGGUGGCUCCAUCUUGGCUUCUCUGUCCACAUUCCAACAGAUGUGGAUCAGCAAGGAUGAGUAUGAAGAGGCUGGACCUUCCAUUGUCCACAGAAAGUGCUUCUAAGCACACUCCGAGGCACUUCCACGCAUGCACACAAUUCACUCAUACCUCAGCUCACACCCUCAUGAGGAUUUGUGAAUACAUUGUCAGUAGUGUGGUUUCCAGGCUCCUAUUUUUACACAAAUUUGACAUUUUGCUGAAUUUUUAAAAGAGCGCUUAAUUAUUGUGAAACUUUUGGAUUAUAGCACCCCUUUUAAUAUCCAGUUUCAGCAGAGCACUGAUUAAGUCUGUAACUCAGAACAUGAUUGUGUUUACGUUCAUGUUUUAUUUUGAUUUUAAUUCAAUGGCAAUAAAUUUUGGUACAAACCCA